AUGGAGCAAUUCCUUCGUGAGGGGAAACUGGAUGAAGAGGACGAACUGACUGAGACACCCGAGGUGGUUGUCGGCGAGGAUGCCGGUUCGCCUCGUAAGUGA